GUCGUGAUCGAAUAUGUUAGUGAGUAUGACGAUAGUAGCGAACAUGAACAGAGUAUUGUGUCUGAACAUGAUGAUAAUAUGAUACAUGAACUUGAUAAUCAAAAUGAACACCUCAAUUAUGGACCUAAGCAAAAUAUUUCUGAAAACGCAGAUGAUU